AUGUCGGACUUUAACUGUUGUCCUCGUACGCAUUACACUUCGACAUUACAAUUAUACUUUGAUAUCAACGUGGAUGGAACUUUGCUACGUGGAGCAUGUGGGCUAGAACAAAAGAUCACUACUCUCUUCAUUAUUGAACAUCGUGAUACAUCUGGUGAUUGCAAAGCAAGUACUGUAAUUAUGUGUACUUUACACAUUUGA